UUCCUCAUUUAGAAACUAAUUUUGAAACUGAACAUUUAGUUUUCCGGGGUUAACUGAAGUGUGACCUCACCCAUUUGAGUAACUUGAAGACAUCCAGGCUGCAAGUCUCGGUAUGCUUUACAAUCCUUUAUUAUUACUAACGGCAUUUAUGUUUUGUCUCAGUCUUUUCCUGGUGCAGAGAGCCAGUGAUAUAGAAAAUGAUUUUCGGAAUCUCCAGAGGGAUUUAAUUUUACAAUUAAAUCAGCCACGUUCUGAGGGAGUCAAUGGGAGAAUGGCCAAGAUGUCUAAAACCAGGGAGGACAUUAAGUCAAGUACUUUCCAAAAAGCUCUCUUUCCAAAGAGUUCUAUGAAGAUGUCCUUUAGGAGAGAAAAACGGGAACAAGUCGGCUUCAGAGCUCCAACAUUCCUGCAGUUAACUGCGAACACUAACAAACAACCAGACAUUAGAGGAAAUAUGACUGUGAUCCCUUGGACUGUUUCUGCACAGCGAGGAAAUGCAAUUUCACAAAAAAAAAACAGAAUUGUUGUCCAAGAAGAUGGUUAUUACUUGGUGUUUGGACAAGUUUUGUUCAAAAGCCCGAGCACAGUUAUGGGUCAUAUUAUUCAAAGCUGGAGCUCCACAAAGACAACGCCGACAGAGCUGUUGCGCUGCCUGCAAACGAUGCCUGAUGCAACCCCUGCCAACACAUGCCACACUGCAGGUAUUGUGCAGCUGCAUCAGGACGACGAGCUGGAACUGGUGAUCCCACACAGACCCCAAGCCCUCGUCUCAAUGGACGCAGACUCUACCUUUUUUGGUGUCAUACAGCUGAACUGAAACAAGGCGGCGAUAACCAGCUCAUUGUUGCAGGAAGUGGGAAGCUGACCGAGCUGUGUGAGGACAUGCUGAUAAAGGACAAAGUGACACCAGCAGCAAAACUGUUGGAACCAGUGACUCAUCACAGGAAAAAACAUAAUCAACGUUUUUUAAAUGA